GUGGCAACUGUGUUUUGAGUGAAUAGUGAGGUGUAUUUUGACUUCGUGUUACAAAUAUUUUGCAAAUAAAUCAUCUAUAGUCCAAUAAUAUAGCAAUAUUCAAAUGAAUUUAAAUUGUUCAAAGUUAUAUAAAAUAUUUGAUUGAAUUUCUAGUAUAAUUAGUUUUAUAUAAUUCGCUGAAUAAAGUUGUAGAAGGCGACAUCAGCUGCGACGGACAGUAGAGCCGAUUGGCAGACGAUACGUUUUAACAUAUAUAUAUAUAUAUAUGUUAGACUCACUUUGCGUAAAUCACACAAAUAUACCUAAAUGUAAAUCUUUGCGGUCGGACCCCACUAUUCUCUGUUCAAGUAACAGCAACACCUCAAGUGUAUUAACUGGAAGCCACUUUAAUAUUUUCUAAUACUCGUGUGAAAUUGCUUAAUCUAAAAUCGGUGAAUAAAAAAAGCAGGCAUUGAAGAAAAAAAUUUAAAAACCAAAAUCGAUCUAUAUAUACGACAUAACGGUAUUUGUAUUCAAUAGUCAUGGAAUUUCUAUUUGGGUCACGUUCAAGCAAAACUUUUAAGCCAAAAAAAAAUAUACCCGAAGGUACUCACCAAUAUGAUUUGAUGAAACAUGCGGCUGCUACCUUGGGUUCUGGUAAUUUACGUAAUGCUGUCGCAUUGCCGGAUGGAGAAGACCUUAAUGAAUGGGUCGCUGUUAAUACUGUCGAUUUCUUCAACCAAAUAAAUAUGUUAUAUGGUACUAUUACUGAGUUUUGUACCGAAGAGAGUUGUGUUAUUAUGUCUGCAGGACCGAAGUAUGAAUACCAUUGGGCGGAUGGACUUACUGUAAAGAAGCCUAUUAAAUGCAGUGCACCUAAGUAUAUUGAUUACCUAAUGACGUGGGUGCAAGACCAAUUAGACGAUGAGACGCUGUUCCCAUCGAAAAUAGGCAUACCGUUUCCAAAAAAUUUUCUCAGCAUAGCGAAAACUAUUCUGAAACGUUUAUUUCGAGUUUAUGCACAUAUAUACCAUCAACAUUUUUCGGAAGUCGUCACUCUAGGUGAAGAGGCACAUUUGAAUACAUCCUUUAAGCACUUUAUAUUCUUCGUUCAAGAGUUUAAUUUAAUUGAUCGGCGCGAGCUAGCUCCACUGCAGGAACUUAUUGAUAAGUUAACAGCUAAAGAUGAGCGGCAAAUAUAGGAUUCAUUGCAAGUCGGGAUGCAAUUGGAGUUUUGAGUGUGAACGAUCUUAUAAAGGAACUUACUCUUCGAUAAUCCACUCUAACAUAAAUACAUACGAACACAUACAUUAAGAAAUAGUUGGAAGACCUUGAAAAUAGAAAUAUAUGUUAAAGGUUUCAAACAUUUUUUCGUUGAAUAUUAUAUUUCAAUAACCUCAAAACUAUUAAUAUUCUCGUACGUAAGUGCAAGCGUGCAACAAUUAUAUAUUGCAGCCUACAUUGUUGCUACUACUAAAAUUCAAAGCUAGAAUUUUUAAUUUAUUCUCUAAAUAUAAAUAUUUUUAUUAUAAUAAUUUUUUUGAAGUAGCUUUACAGCGACAAAUGCAAUAAACAAUUCUAUUUUAUUUGUAAUUAAUGUAAGUUGCUGUUUUAAGGUUUAUUUUGAAAAUGUUAAUUUUAAGGUCCUCUUAAAAGAACACUUAGAAAUGUACUCAUUUAGAGCUAAUGCAAAAUUUCGCACAUAAAAGAUGCAAACAAGCAUGAAUAAUUACUUGUUAAUUCAUUGGAGGAGAGAAAAUUUAUCAUAGGUGUAUGUGGUCUACAUGCUGACAUUAAAACUACUCACUAGCGCCAUAUUAUCGAAUAUUUAUCAAUUUAUCUUUAAAUGAGUUGAAAAAGUUGAAUUAUAAAGAAGAACGAAAAAUUUCAACAAAUCAAAAACUGACUAUAUAUAAAAAAUAGCAAGAUUUAACGGCCAUUCGUAUACAUAUACAUGUAGAUAUAACCUUUUCUAUUUAAAAUUAUGUGUAAGCAUUUGUCUUAUGCAGGAGGAAGGAAAACAUUGAUAUUGAAAUAAUAAAGAAUAAAAGAGACCAUUAAGACAUAA